UCACUCAUUCAGCACAUGUUGAGAGCGGAUAAACUACCAGGCCUUGAGGAGGUGUGCUCUCAAAUUCAGAAGGAGCAGGGGUCUAUUGGAUUGUUUGGAAGCAAAGGAGAGAUGUCACUUGCAAAUCAGGCUGCGCAAACCAACUCUGAUGAAGCUCCUCAAGCAAACAAGGCCGGCUACAACAAGUUUGAAGACAGGAAGUUCAGUGGGAGUUGUGAUCAUUGCAAGAAGCAUGGCCACAAGAAGAGCCAGUGCUGGAUACUUCACCCUCAUCUGAAGCCGGCCAAGUUCUUAAAGGAGAGGGAGGCCAGAGCCAAUGUGAGUGAAGGAUCAAGUGGUGUCAACAGCAGUGGCGCCAGCACCUCAGGGAAAAGCAAGGAUGAAGGAGGAAGGGAGAGUGACGGCAAGUCCUUGGUGGCAUAUGCAGGCAAUCCAAAUCACCGAGGAGGGGAUCAAGACUACAUCAGGAGAUCAGACAUUGACUCCCUCAUCAAAAUGCUUAAGGAAAACGGUAACACUUAUGGUUAUUCCUUUGGUGCAUCAAUGAUAGUUAGGAAUGAUGAUAAUGGUCUUGAAAAACAUGGAAUUGCCAAACCAGAUCAUGCAUAUGCUAGUCUUGCUAGGACUGAUCACUCUCUCAAGUCAUCUAGUACACUUUGUCUCACGGCUAAUAGCAUAACUAAACCAUUAGUAGUUGAUUCUGGUGCAUCUCAUCAUAUGAUUAGUCACUAG